CCUGUACCAAUCCGCAUUCGGUCAAAUGAUUCAUCAGAUAACUGAGAUAAUCGGCCCUCCUUGCAAGCGUCGGACUUUACUAUGUACUAAUGUCUCGGCGUUCGCGGCUGCCGGGCUAUCCUGAAAUCUUGUCGAUUUGUAAAGAUCUCUUGGCUUCCUCUUCAAACUUAUUUUAAAAAUAAAAUAAAAUAAAAAUGGUAUCCUUUCGGUAACUUCUCGCCAGUGUUUCUGGUUUACUCGAGAAACAACAUUGACCCUGGAGGUCGCCGUGUCUCUCUCUAGAGGUCCUCCUAAGGCGCCAAAUUUUACUGAUAGCGCCAUUCGAUAUUAUUUAAAGAGAUCCCAAGUAUUCUUCUCGAUAUACCCCGUCGCCUUCGUUGCUAUGGACGGCUGAGCUUAUAUCUCGUGGUCUUAUACUAUGACCACUCUCGAUUCAUUGAACUGGGCGAAUUUGUCUCUCAUAGGUGCAGGGGCUAAAGUCGUCCUUUUUAGCAAUUCCUUGUCUUUAUUAGUUUCACGGCCUAUCAGCUCAUGGUAAUGAUAUGUUACAAUGGUUGAACACCAACCUGUUCACAACAGCGAAGUCUAUCUGUUAGGAUUAAGACCGCGCCCUACCGAACCCCCUCCUUCUCCGCCUUCGCCUUCGACGCCGAGAGAAGCCGAGCCGAAUAGCACCACUAUCGAGGAGCUUUGCUUAGAUACAGUCGAAACCUAUGAGGAUCCUGAAGAGUCCACCUCCCUUACUAAACAAAGGAUAUCGGGUGCCGUUCAUGUUUUAAGUACGGAAGCGACCGCUCUUCGAAAUCUCACCCAUUUAUACAGGACUGAUGCGACCGCCAUACAGGGCUUCAGUGCCGCUGUUGGAGCUAUAACGAAACAUGAAGGCGAACGUGGCAAAUUAGUUAUAAUAGGAGUUGGGAAAUCGGGGCAUAUCUCAAAGAAGCUAGUCGCGACUUUCAAUAGCCUCGGGGUCCAUGCGACUUUUCUACAUCCGACAGAAGCUCUCCAUGGCGACCUUGGAAAGAUUGGGAAGCAUGAUGUUGUUCUCUUCAUCACGUUUUCGGGUAAAACGCCUGAGCUUCUGGCUUUGCUACCACACCUGGAUGUGACGUUACCAGUGAUUGUGCUCACUUCGCAUACCCGACCAGACGGGUGCGAGAUUAUACAGCAGCGGCGGGAUGCAAUUCUUCUCCCGGCGCCUAUUCACGAGUCUGAGGUCGUAUCGUUCGGUGUGUCCGCUCCUACGACAUCUACAACUGUGGCUCUCGCGUUAGGAGACGCGCUUGCGGUAGUGGCAUCUCAGGAGCUGCAUCCGACUGUCGCGCCGGUUUUCGCUAAAAACCAUCCUGGCGGAGCCAUCGGCCAGGCCUUCAGCCAACCCCGCCAAAUUCGUGAUAUUGCUAUCCCUCUCUGUGAAAUCCCAGAGUGGCCGGACUCGGGCGGCGAGGCUUGCGGCGCAGACAUACUCAAACUGGGCUACAACUCGGAAUCCGGGUGGGUUCGCGUUAACAAUGCGAUAGCCUCCCCGAGACGCAUCAGACGGCUUGAAACGGCACAUAUGGCAUGGCGGGUAUCUAGUAUUCCUCAGUUACUAGUCGACCGGGGUGAAUGGAUUAGCAUUCGCGCGGACACGAGGAUAUCGCAGGCCGCAGAGUGGCUUAGAAAACUUCUGGUGUCGCCUAACUACAGCGAGGCGGCCGUUAGCGAGGAUUCGAUUUUGGCGGUGUUGGAAAACGGAGAGAUCAUUGGUGUUCUUGAAGUCGGUCAUCUUUUAAGCCUGCAGGAGUGAAAAAGGGGGGGAGAGUUAGUAGCUAGCUAUAUUUCGCACGGAUAUUCGUCAAGUAUAAACUGGCGUACGAAACGAGAUUUACAUGUAAUCCUGAAUAGAUAGGUACCUAGGCAAGAGUCCUAUAUACCAUAGCCAAGAUUAUCAUUAGAUACUGGAAUGAAAUUACGAAUGGAAUGGAUAGAGGACCUAGGUACCUAUUUUGUGUCUUUAAGCUACUAGACAUUGGACGCCUGGUUUAUUCCAUUUA